CAAGCUCUUUUUACCCACUUGGAUCGUAAGAGUCAUGUCGCUUCCCCACCCUAGAAACAAGGCACGCAGAGGAAGCGAUGAUGGAAUUUUACAUAACAAAGCCCAACAUAAGUCUCUGGCUCAGCGAAGAUGUUCAGCACCUUCUCUUGUGUUUCCUAAGAGUCUCAGCAAACCAUGGUCCACUGGAAGGGAGAACAGUGGCUGUUCCAUAUCAAUCGAGCAAUGCCCCUUUGUCCUGGGACUAUCGAAUGAAGAUUCUGAGCUGAUUUUACAUGAAUGUGUACAGCUGACACAGGAUUUCAAGACUAAGGAGAGAUACCUAUUCCUCUUCAGUGAUAUGAUCAUAAUAGCCAAACUGAAGUCAGGCACUAGCUUUAGAUUAAAGCACCGAGUGGAUCUCUCCCAGAUGAUGGUGUUGUCAUGUGAUGAAGAUGAGGAAAAUACUUGGGCUUUUCAUAGUUCUCCAAAGAACGCCCUAAUAUUUAUAUGGCAUAACAAUGGCUGUAUUGCUUCUUUCCGUUCCUGUGAAGUAAAGGAACUCUGGCUGGACACUCUUGUGUGGCAGAUAAGAGAAGUUGGUGGGAUUGAGGGCACUAGCGUCCCCUGUGCAGGAUUACUGAUGAAGGUUCUCACGGGCUGCAAUGCUUCUAAAGCUCUUGUUGCCAGCAACAUGGAUACCCUAAUCGAAUGUCAUACAGAGGCAGAUGGCAAGAAAUACCAGUUAUUGGCAGAAAUGAUUGGCGAGGAGGGCAUCUGCCAUACCAUUGAAAGCAACAAGAAGAGAAAAACUGUCCUAUCUUGGCCCUUUACAUUCAGACGAAGUUCUACUCUCUCUGGGUCUUCAAGUCCACCCGAGCUGAAGGCAACUUUAUUUAACCAGCCGUUGUCCAUUGUCUGUGAGGAGGAUAAUCUUCCCCAAAAAAUACUUGACAUAUUAGCUAUCCUGAAAGUGCAAGGUUUAAAGACAGAAGGCAUUUUUCGCAAAGCAGCCAAUGAGAAGGCUCGUAAGGAACUCAAAGAUGACCUAAACUAUGGAAAGGACUUGGACUUGAAAAACAAAUCUGUGCACUUACUGGCCGUUGUAUUCAAGGAUUUCUUAAGAGGUAUUCCAAACCAGCUGCUGUCAUCUGAACUGUACAACAAAUGGAUGUGUGCAUUGGAGAAGCAAAAUUUGGAUGAAAAAAUUGAGGAGAUGAAAUGUGUUGCAGAGAAACUACCAAAACCAAAUCUAAUUCUGCUACGAUACUUGAUCUGUGUCCUCCACCAUAUUAGUGAAGCUUCAGACAUAAACAAGAUGGACUCCAGAAACCUAGCUGUCUGCAUUGCUCCAACCAUGCUUGUCCCUCAGGUUGACAAGAACCUUCCUCUUGAAACUCAGAAAGAGCUGAAUGAGAAGGUCACAGCUCUGGUUGAGUUCUUCAUUGAUCACUGCUUUGAAAUAUUUGGCGAAAACAUAUCACAGUUAAUCGACACUUUGGAACAGGAUUCUCUAGAGACUAUUCAUAGUCCAGAAUUGUCUUUUCAUCAUAAUGACUCUGCCUAUGAAAGCACUGACCCAGACCAUGAAUGUAAUGCUGGUCUUUUCAUCAAGCACCACUGUGGGCCACAAAGACAUAGCAGAAGUGAAAAGGAGGAGAGCACACUAUAUGAUGUGCCUAUCUCAGCUUUGCCUAUGAGCCACUUUAUUACUGAGGUCAGCAGCUUGGACAGAAGAUGCUCAGAGCCAUUUAUUUUACCUUCACAGAAUGAUAUGCCGGUCACAGAGAAAAAGCUAACCAGAAGUCAUGAUGAUGUUGCCAUCAGUCAACAUAAUGAUAAGCUGUCUGCUAUAACCCCUGAGUACUACUGUGAUCGAGCUUUAUAUAGGAGGAAAAUGCCUAAGGGUCUGAAAAUUAACAGCAACUAUGACCCAAAUAUCAUUGAUGACUGUUUAGUCAAUGCAUCCUCAAACUGUUCUCUUGACAGCUCUUGUUCAGACUGCUCCGUUUUUACAAGCUCUCCACUUGCAUCUCCCUUAAGUCCUCCGAAAAGGGAUUUACUGAGGCACAAGUCUCUAUUUGUAAAGAACAAUAUCAUUAAUGAUUUAGUCAAACCGGUGCGAGAAAUAAAGAAACAUUCUAAUUCUUUUUGCUAUGUAAACCACAAAAAAAUGGUAACCAAGACACAAAGCUGGGGCCCUGAUGGAGAUAACGCUGGUGGAUUACAAAGGGAUGGACUCAGCCAGAGUUUUCGGUAUAGAAGCCAAGCUGAGUGUAAUGGUUCUCUGGACACAACUUUCCAUCAACCACAAGUUGUAAGAAAAAGAUGUCCAUCGGGUAGGAAAAUAUCUGUAGAAGAAGUGUUCAGAAUGGUAGACCAAAGAAAUCCCGGAAAGCCUCCCUCAUAUGAGGAGGCUGUCCAUAAAACUGUAACUCCUUAUAGUCAUAGUGUAACUGUGCAAACCAUGAGAGACAGUGUGUCAAACAAUGACUGCCUUACACCUUACAUUACUAGUAGACCUUCAGCAGAUUCCAUGUUUAAAGAGAACUCUUCUCAUAAGGACAAUAGAUCCGGCUCCGGCAUUGACAAGAGCAUGGAUGGCGCGGCUUGUGAACUAACUCAGUCCAAUUGUGAGCCUGAGAGGAUGAAAGUAGGUCUUGUCAGGACCAAGUCAGAAUCCACCCAGAAGAAGAAGCAUGAAUGUGUAAGUCGAAGGUGCAGUCAACCUAUAUUUGAGAUUAAUGAUCAGAUACAGUAUGCCAAGGAGUCCUAUGUUUAAACCAACAUAUUGCCAUAUUGUAAAUACUGUAAAAUAGCUAGUACUGUAAAAAAAAAAAUCAUUUGUAAAUGACAUAGUUGCUCAGAAUAUUACUAACAUUUUAUUGUACAAGGGACUAUUUUCUCAUGUAUAUUUUAGGGCCAUUAGGGCUGGACAGAUGUUAAUAUAUCUUAUCACUUUGUUCACUUUUGUACCUAUGUUUUCAUGUCAUGUAACUAAAUGCCAUGAUGAUAUUUAUAUGUUUACGGAUCCAUGUUUAGUCCAAUCCUUUACACACAUUAGAUUUUGAUCUAAUGACACUACAU